AUGCCUACGACUGCAACGAAGGCCUCAGCACCUUUGCUAGCAGCUGGUCGUCCAUGCAUCAGCGCUACUGCUGUUACCUGCACAGCGUUGCCUGCCACACUCAGGAACCACUACCACACCAUCACCUCUGUGAAGCACGUGGGGGUUCCUGUGCACGUGCCGAUCCCUGCACCGCCGGCCGCGGAGUACAACCGAGUGGUGAACAUGCCCAUCCACGAUCCGCCACAGGUGAUCCAGGUGAAAACGCCGGGGCACACGCACGUGGUUAACCAGUACGUCCACAGCAAGCAUUACGUGCCUGAGCCGGUGCCGUCUCCCCCUCGGUUCCGCAGCGUGCCGGUGCCUGUGCCCGUGCACACUCCGGGCAAGGUGAUCCCCGUGCCCAGCCCUCUGCCGCCGCAGACCGUUGUGCACAACAAGGUUGUGUACAAGACCAGGCACGUCAUCACAAAGAAUAUCUAUGACUGCGAUGCCGGGUUCAACAACUGGAAGUAUGGCUGGUCCAGCCCCAAGAAGACGUGGUGCUGCGCCCACGAGAACAAGGGCUGUCCAGGCACAUGGACUGGCUCCGGCCUGACCAAGACCAUCGUCACCGGCGUCACCACGCACCAUGGUCAGUAUGACGGCGAUUACGGCGACUACGGCCACUACCACUACGGCCACGGCGGCCACUACAGCGACGGCGGCAGCUAUCCGGGCGCGACUACGCACUCCUACCACGUGCACUACAGCAGCGGCGGCGGCGGCGGCGGCGGCGGCGCGGCGGGCGGAGGAUCGUGGCACUCGGGCGGAGGAUCCUGGCACUCGGGCGGCGGCUCGUGGUCCAGCAGCGGAGGGGUGACUCACCACUACCACGUGCACCAUGACGUGCAUGUGAUCCACGACAACCGCGGUCUGGACGAUUUGGAUGGCCCAGGCUUCGAUUGCACUGCUGCCCAUGAAUCGGCAUGGCCCCAGGACGGAAGAGGGACUUUUGCUGUAAGCAGGACCCAAGCCUUUGCGAGUGAGCAGGCCCGCAGACCGGACAUGCCGAUGCAAGGAACCACCCUCUCAGAGGCGACCUUGCCCCGGCUAGAAUCUGUCAACAGAUGUGCGUCUAUGAGUGGGGGCCUCGCCCAAAGUGGCGCCCUUCUGCUGCCCAAAGGGAGACACUUUUCACGCUUGUCUACCAGCAGAGGUCCAGAAUAG